CACUAAAUACCUACACGUGUAGACUGUCAGUUUCGGCAUAAGAACUAGCCUUCUCUGAUUCGCUCAGCAUGCUGACCACCUGUGUCCAGUUCAGGAAUGUCAGACCUUUGAAGGAUGAUGGAAGUUGACAUCUGAGCCGACAGUGGCCCAAGCGUGUCGUUGUCAUGUAAGUUGUUGUAAGAUGAAAUCCACGACCCAGAAUUGUUCCCAUAGCGCGAGUGCCAGGGCGCCCGGAACGGUGGAUCUCGCUCCGUGGGUGGAUCCGCCUUCGGCAUAUUUCCACCUCGAUCACUCCAUGCCCCGACCACCCGGCGGGGUCUCAUGGGACCCGAGUCGCAUCGUGCUCCAGGCCAUCGACUGAACACCUUUUCCCCCCUCCCCUCUCUCGCCAGUAU